AUGGAGACCGACGAUCAGCUAGGAGUUUUUUCCACAAGGUCCGCUUGGUGUAAUAAUGUGCUGAAGGAUUUUCCGGUCUGUGAACCUCCCAGCGAUUCAGUGUCUGCACUUGAGUUCACUCCGAAGACGGCGCCCUUUAAUGGUCUGUGCGCUGCCAGUUGGGACCAGACCGUCCGAGUCUGGGAAGUGGAUUCCAGCAGCAAAACCGCGACGCCCAAGAGCCUACAGAAGAUGUCUGCUCCUCUCCUGGAUGCCAGCUGGAAUGGUGACGGCAAUCGCAUCUACGCGAGCGACUGCAACGGCAGUGUGUUUGAGUGGAACCUUGAUGCCAAUCACGUCUCUCAGCGGAAGUGCCAUGCAGCGGGUGUUCGUGCCUGCCGCUGGCUAUGGACUCCCAAGACGCCCCUCCUGAUGACUGCUUCCUGGGACAAAACAGUCAAGUUCUGGGAUACUCGGGUUCCCCAGUCCGUGGUGAGCAUUAACCUGCCCGAGCGAUGCUUCGCUGCCGAUGUGUUAUAUCCGCUGGCCGUGGUGGGAUGCGCCGGCCAGAAGAUCCUCACCUAUUCUGUGCAAAAUGGCUUCGUCGAGGUAUGCCACGACGAUCCAAGCAAGUUAUCCGAACAACACCUCCGGCAGCAGCUCAGAGCGGUAGCAGUGCUCAAGGGAAACAAUCGCCCCUCCGGAUACGUCGCUGUCACCACAAAUGGUCUCAUGUAUGUGGGGAAUAUCCCACAUAUCUCAGGCAUCCAAACGAGCGCAGGCUAUAAAUUAGAGUGCCAUCGCACAUACAGUUUGGACGGCUCCUCAUGUGAUAUCUAUGCGGUGAACGAUGUGCGGGUGCAUCCCAUACACGGAGGCAUCGCGACGGUUGGAUCGGAUAGGAAAUUUAAUUUCUGGAAUAAGGACAAGGGCAGCAAUACCUUCAAGAGUGCCUUCAUGGAUCAGGCCAUCACAAAGUGUGCCAUCAGCAGUGAUGGGAUGCUAUUUGCCUAUGCCUUAGGGUACGACUGGUCCAUGGGACACGAGCACUGCGAUCAAAGCCUGAAGCCACAGAUAUUCUUCCAUCCGUGCCUGGAGGAUAUGCGUCCGAAAUGA